UUAGUUGUUUAAUACGGAACCGGAAAUGCCGGUUCAAUUAGAUUUUCUAUAACCUCAACAUCUCCAUUCCCUCCACAUUCACAACCUUUUCAUGGAUCAGCCACGGCAAAGCUCGACGGCGUCUCAGCCACCGGAAACACCUCCUCAGCCAUCAGAUUCAGCUUCGAAACCAGCGACUUUAACACAGAUUCAACCACCGCCUUCUACAAAUCCGAGUCCCUCCUCCGUUGUUUCCUCUAUUCCUUCUUCCCCAGCUCCACAAUCACCAUCGCUCAAUCCAAACCCUAAUCCACCCCAAUACACGCGCCCAGUGACAUCUCCGGUGACGCAACAGCAGCAACAUCUCUCCCAGCCUUUGGUACGGCCACCUCCGCAGGCGUACUCGAGACCAUGGCAACAACACUCCUCUUACACUCACUUCUCCUCCGCUUCGUCGCCAUUGUUAUCUUCCUCAUCAGCUCCAGCCUCUUCUUCUUCUUCUUUACCUAUUACUGGGCAACAAAGAGGUGGCAUGGCGAUUGGCGUUCCAGCUUCCCCAAUUCCGAGUCCUUCUCCUUCUCCUUCUCAACAUUCGCCUUCUGCUUUUCCCGGCUCUUUUGGGCAGCAAUACGGCGGAUUAGGUCGUGGAACUGUCGGAAUGUCAGAAGCUACGUCCAAUUCAAGUGCCCCUCAGGUUAGAAUGAUGCAAGGAACUCAGGGAAUUGGGAUGAUGGGGACACUUGGCUCAGGUUCCCAAAUGAGGCCGAGUGGGAUGGCUCAGCACCAACAGAGACCAACUCAAUCGUCUCUAAGACCAGCUUCCUCCCCAAGUAUCCAAUCUCCUGUUGCCCAAAACUUUCAAGGACAUAGCCUUAUGAGACCUUCACCUAUUGGCUCUCCUAGUGUCCAAUCUACUGGUGCAUCACAACAAAGCUUGCAAGCCAUUAAUCAACCUUGGUUAUCAUCUACUCCCCAAGGGAAGCCGCCUUUGCCACCUCCUUCAUAUAGACCACAAGUAAAUUCUCCCUCCAUGCAACAAAGACCUCAUAUUCCUCAGCAACAUCUUUCUACGUCAGCAGCAACUUCACAGCCUCAGCAACUACAAUCUCAACAACAACAUCAGCCUCAAGAGCAACUUCAACAAUUGAGAUCUCCGCAGCAGCCUUUACCUCACCCACAUCAACCAACCCGGGUCCAAGGGUUGGUAAAUCAGAAAGUUACUUCUCCGGUAAUGCCAAGCCAGCCUCCUGUGGCUCAACCAGGAAACCAUGCUAAAACAGUUUCUGCAGAGAAUGAGACAUCUGAUGAUCGUAUCCUGGGGAAACGAAGCAUCCAUGAGCUACUUCAACAGAUUGACCCGUCAGAGAAAUUGGAUCCAGAGGUUGAAGACAUCCUUGCUGAUAUUGCUGAAGAUUUUGUGGAAUCAAUCACAACUUUUGGCUGUUCUUUAGCCAAGCAUAGAAAGUCAGAUACUCUAGAGGCUAAGGACAUCUUGCUCCAUGUUGAAAGAAACUGGAAUAUCAGGCCUCCUGGUUUUAGCAGUGAUGAGUUCAAGACAUUUCGAAAGCCAUUGACAACAGAUAUUCACAAAGAGCGACUUGCCGUCAUAAAGAAGUCGGUCACGGCAACAGAAGCAGCAAACGCCAGGAAUCAGUUUGGGCAUGGGACUGCUAAUGCAAGAGGCGGUCAGUCAAAGACGCCUUCUAAUCCCUUGGGCUCUACAACUUUCAAUCACUGAUAUAUUAGAUCAACCCUCCAAUCGUGUUUUGUAGGAAUUUUCCAUUACAAAGGUACGAAUGUUGUAACACCCAUUUUGUACUUCAUCUUGAUCUUAGUCCAAGAUAACUACAAGCAUGGAGGCUAGGCUAGAUCUUAAUUUUAACCAUUAGUAAAGUAUCUGACCACCU